GUGUGGAUAUUCGGUGACGUCUGGUGCCGCAUAUGGCUUGCUGUCGAUGUGUGGAUGUGUACAGCAUCAAUAUUGAACCUAUGUGCAAUUUCUCUUGAUAGAUAUGUAGCUGUUACGCGUCCUGUUACCUAUCCAAGUAUAAUGUCGACGAAGCGCGCCAAGUCGCUGAUUGUUGGAAUUUGGGUGCUAUCAUUUGUUAUUUGUUUUCCGCCACUAGUCGGUUGGAAGGAGCAAAAGCAAUUAGUGCAAUCCACAUAUAUACGUGGAAAUUACACACUUUUUCCUUCAACCACCGCAACAUUGGCAUCGGUGCAACAUCAACAAACACAGCAGCCAAAACAAUAUCAGAGCAAUGAAAAAAUUGUUUUAACGGAGACAACUUCAGUAAUGUCGAUGACAGCUGCAGAUGGUUUUAACUAUCAUGACUCCGCUUUUGUGGCCCUGGAGAGUGAAGAAUUCAUGGAUGGUACAAUGCCUGCGACACUUUUCUACGGGAAGCCUUUGUGUGACUCGAAGUGUGAAUUAACUAAUGAUCGCGGCUAUGUAGUGUAUUCGGCGUUGGGCUCCUUCUAUAUUCCAAUGCUUGUGAUGCUCUUUUUUUAUUGGCGCAUAUACCGGGCGGCUGUGAGAACAACGCGGGCUAUCAAACAAGGAUUCAAAACCACUAAAGGAUCCAAGGGCAUCAGUUCGCGCUUUGACGAUCAGCGCCUAACGUUGCGAAUUCACCGAGGCCGUAGUGCGAACCAGCACGAUUCCACACAUAGUAAUGGCAGUUCUCAGAGUACUACUACCACACUGGGGACACCAUCUCCUGAACGUCUUUCAAAGUACACUACACGACGUCCACUCCAACAUGAUAAAAUUAAGAUAUCUAUUUCCUAUGCAUCCAGUGAAACUAUCAACGACCUAAGUAAUAGCGAACCAACUGGUAUACGUGAACAUCAAUCAUCCGGUAGUGGGAGCAUGCUUUGCGCGGUGCACUACAACUCAGCCAAAGGCACUGAAACCACCGAAUCAAAACUCUUAGCCCAACAGAAAGGCAAUAACUCAUAUUUGCAAGUUCGUAAGAUUAUUGGAGAAACUGAUAUAAGCCAACACCAUAUGCAGCAGCAAUUGCAAUAUCAGAAUAAGAAAAUCGGUCGCCGAAGUAUCAAAACGCAAGUUAAACGUUUUCGAAUGGAAACGAAGGCUGCAAAAACACUUGCCAUAAUUGUAGGACUCUUCAUUUUAUGCUGGCUGCCAUUUUUCACCAUCUAUGUUAUUCGGGGGUUUUGCCAAGACUGCAUUGAUCCUCUACUUUUUUCCAUUCUUUUUUGGCUGGGUUACUGUAAUUCCGCCGUAAAUCCAAUGAUUUAUGCACUUUUUUCAAAAGACUUUCGCUACGCUUUUAAGCUCAUUAUUUGUCACUGCUCCUGCUCACAAGAAAGCAUUUCUUUGAAGAGUAUUCGACGAGGUAGCGACAUGUCGGCGGGGCGUAUUCGAGAACGUACUCCCAGCAUCACACCCAGCGCAGCUGCGCAUUCAUUAGCCGACGAAAGUGAAUUACAUUAUUCAUUAAGUAGUGAUCACAGAUGACGAUCGUUGGGAACUAGUUUAAGCUCACAGAGUAGUUUGGGAUUCCGAAAGACCAGUUUGAAUGACCCACUGUACGAAGGUUGUUAUCCGCUGGUGAUGAAGUCCUCGCCGAGUUCUUAUAUGAGCCCAUAAUCGUAAUACCUGUUCCAGUGCUGGAUCUGAUGAAAAUGGCAGAGUCAUUCGCAGGCUUUUAUAGACAGCGCUAAAAGCGACUGUCAAUAUUUUGAUUUGGCACAAAAAAUAAAGAAAGCAUUUAACUAUUUUGAUACUUUGGAUGAAUUUUUUUAAGAAACACGGAAUUAUAAAUAAUAACAAAUUUGUUUAUGAAUAAAAGUACAAAUGUAUGUACAUAUGUAUUUAUGUAUGUAUGUAUGUAAUGGCCCAGUGGGAAAAAGUAAUGCACGCCCCGAGACAAGCCAUAGCACAUCAACAUUUUUACCAGUUUUGACUACUUUUUUUUUAAUUGUCAUUAUUUUUAUAUAAAAGUAUAGCUCUUUACCUAACAAACACCAUAUAAAUCUAAAUUUCAGACUUUGUACAUACAUUAUAAACAUUCCACAAACUUUUCC